UUCUGUCUAUUAGUAAUCUAAGUCAUAACACUGCGGUAACGGAGUCAUACUAAUGUUUUGUAGAUUUAUCUUAAUUGUUUAGAUUGAGUUCGUUAAAGUGUUAUGCAAAUUCUCUGCAACAUUCAGAUUCAAGUACCGAUGGCCCAGUGCAACGAUUGUUUUAAAGUUUUACUACGAUUCUCUGACCGUGAUUUGAAGAUUUAGGUAUUAAAAUACACAAAGAAGGCUUUAGAAUUCUGAUCUGACCCAACAAAACAAAUCAAAGGCUACAAAGUUCAGAACGAAAUAAAUUAAAGAUUAAGACACAUAGAGAUGAUGGAAGACAACAAUGGUGAAGAGGAGGUGAACCAUGAACAGGUUCUAGAGAAUUUUCGUCAGGAAUGGCAAACAGAAGUACAACGCAAGCAAGAAAAUCAAACGGAAGUGGCCGGGACUUCAUCGGAGAAACAUGAAAAAGCAGAGAAGCUUUUUCUGCAAGGAAUUGAAAAAGAAAGGGAAGGAAGAAUGCUGGAAGCAAUCAAGUUUUACCGAAAUGCGUUGCAACUUGAUCCUGAUGUGGAAGGUAGGCUGACGUACACAGCACCAGAGGGAUGCUCACUGUCAUCUUCAACAGAGGAAGAAAACUGUGGGAGCGAAUUUUGUGAUUUGCUACAAAGGUUCAGCAGUAUGUCAUGUUCCAGUCAAGAACACAAUACUUUCCUAACCCAGCUGCCUUCGGAAAUCAUCAACAAGAUAUUUCGUUAUGUUGUCUCAUCACACUUGGACAUGAAGUCCUUAGAAGCUCUUUCAGAGACCUGCCGGAAGUUUUAUAUCUACGCUAGAGAUGAGACCAUAUGGAGAUCUGCAUGUGAAAAAGUGUGGACUACUCACUCAAAGAAGGGCUACUCCUCAUGGAGAAAUAUGUUUAUUGAAAAACCUCACGUUCGUUGGGAUGGGAUCUACAUAAGCAAGGUUACAUAUUAUCGUGAAGGAGACCCAUCUGUGCUCUAUGCAUUUUAUGAACCUAUCCAAGUUGUUGAAUAUUACAGGUACAUACGAUUUUUUCACAAUGGUAAAAUGAUCGUUUUUACCACCCCAGACCCACCAUCUCAAGUAAUUCAUAAAUUAACUCUGGAAAAUCAACACCAACUUAAAUACCGUGUUGGAUAUUACAAGACCCACAUCAAUCAUGUGGAGAAACAAGAGCUUGCGAAAGUGACUGCCAUGGUCAAGAAUGUAGAAUCUGAAACCUUGCCAAGGAGCAACUCAGGCGGCAGCAGGAGUCGUACAGACCGACAUCUAAAAAAGUUCAUAGUGUCGGACAUCGAAUACCACCUGGCUCUUGACCUCACUUCAACAGGCAAGAAGAGGUCAAACAAGCUGACAUGGCAACACUAUUCAUGCUGCAGCACUUUCGGAGAUGGCAGAAGCACUAUGUGCGAGAUGAGCCUUCGGGAACAAUUCCCCCCAUUUUACUUCAGUCCUGUUGUAUCCUACAUGCUUACAUCAUCAACUAGUGUGUGAGGAGUGACAUUUUUUUUAUCAUCAGUAAAGUUCUGGUGGAACAAAUGAAACAAGUAACAUUUGUGUAAAUAAUUUUAAUUUUUUUUAAUAUCUUGAAUUUUAUUUGUAUUCGGUGAGUAAAAUUUGUCACUUAUUUUAUAUUAAUCAUACAAAACCAAUAUAACAGUGAUGUGUUAUGCUUAUGCACAGUACAUGACACAUACACCAAUUUCUACACAUCUAUUGCAUUAUCAGCCUAUAUGAUUUGGCAUGUACGUUGUCAUAUGAUUUGACUGACACAAAAAAUUAAUAGUUUCCUGUCAUGCAGAAAUGACACGAACUUUUAAUAUGAAUUAUGACACUGCAGCACAAUAAAUAUUAACAAGAAUAGAAUGUAAUAAUCUGGGUAGUCAUAAGUGCUGCUAUGAGCAAACACGUUUGGAAACUUUUUUAACUUGAUCAUAAAUAAGUUCCGACUCAAAACGGGAUGGUGCCAGUGUUUCUGUGUGAAUGUAAUUUGUGUUAAAUACAUUGGUGUAACUGCAGUAGCGGCACCGGUCCUCUAACUUUUCUGGGUCUUGUUGGAACAGCCACACCAUUGAAUGACAAGCAUUGUAUGGGUAGAUGGUAAAAUUCGGCAAAAACAGCCGUAACUGUAAAUAAAAAUAAUAUAUCAUUCAUUGCGACUUCUUAUGCAUUUUUAACCUGGUGGAAUUAUGCAAAUGUGUCUGUAAACUUAAAUACUUUUUUGUAUUUCCAAGGUAACGCUGUUAAGUUAUAUUGAUAGCUUCUGUUGUUUCGUAUAAACAUUUUGUUCAUGUA